AUGAAACUACGUACUUUUGUUAUAAUUGCAUCGCCUUUUGUUGGCUACUAUUAUGUAGACCAAAAACUAUCAGCUAAAUAUCCAGAUAUUCCAUUGUCUCAAUUACCAUCAGAUUCAAAAUUGAAACAAUUUAUGAAACCAAAAACUUCAAAACAAUACUUUGCUUACUCAGAUAUAUACAAGACAACUGUUAAAAGUGAAUCAUUAGAUCAAUUGAACUUGAAAUUUCUAUCUACACCAGGUAUUUCCAAUUUAGUGUCAAAUGAAAGUAAAACUGCACCAUUACAAUCUCAAGUGUUGAAAACAUUUGAUUCAAAGAAUUCAAAAUCAACAAUUUUGGAAUGGCAUUGGAGUUCCAAUUCAGGAAUUGUACCAUUUUUUGAAACUUUAUCAUCAUAUGGGUAUCCUUGGAGAAUGAUGAAUGGUGGGUUACAUGAGAUCUUGAUUAAAAAAUCACAAUCGAAUCCAGAUGAAUUUGAUGUAUGGUUUUCCACAACACAUGAAUAUAAUGAUAAAAGAGAUGGGAAAUUGAUUCCAAACUGGGUUCAAAGCUUGCACAGAAACUAUGCUAGGGUACUAUUAUACCUUGCUACAGAGAAAUGA